CGUAAUGUGGUUAAUGACGUCAUGACGGCUCUGGUCUCUAAUGGCUGAAUAACAACAACUGUCGGCGAGUGACAAACUUUCACAAACUUCUACUGAGACGAAAAGAAAGUUGUAAAUAGAAAAUUGUUUCGAGAGUAAACGAGUUUAGGCGCGUUUGUAUGUCAUUCUUGUAAGUACAAAUGUGGAAUUACUGAUGGAUUCUAGAUAUGACAUACAACGGAGGGCCGCCGGUGGUGGCGGGGGCUCAGCGAACUCUUCCCCCGCUCUAGGGGCUCAGUCGCGGCGCAGGAAGAUGCCUCCCAGACCCGCUGAUUUUAAACUUCAAAUUAUCAUUAUUGGCUCCCGUGGUGUUGGUAAAACGAGCAUUAUGGAGAGAUUUACCGACGACACUUUCUGCGAAGCUUGCAAGUCGACUGUAGGAGUUGACUUCAAAAUCAAGACAGUAGAGCUUAGAGGGAAAAAGAUCAGACUACAGAUAUGGGACACGGCUGGCCAGGAGAGGUUUAACAGCAUCACAUCAGCCUAUUACAGAGGCGCCAAGGGAAUAGUGCUUGUGUAUGAUAUCACAAAGCAGGAGACCUUUGACGACCUGCCCAAAUGGAUGAAAAUGAUAGACAAGUACGCCUCAGAGGAAGCAGAGCUUCUCCUGGUCGGGAACAAGCUGGACUGUGAAACUGAUCGUAUCAUCUCCAGACAGCAGGGAGAGAGGUUUUGCUCUCGAAUAAGUGGAAUGCGCUUCUGCGAAGCUAGCGCCAAGGAUAAUUUCAAUGUCGAUGAGAUCUUCCUGAAGCUCGUGGAUGACAUCCUUAGCAAGAUGCCUCUGGAAGUUCCUAACACAGAGUUUUCCAACAGUGUCCUGUCUCUGCAGCCUGAACCGGAAGUGCCUCCGGAGUUGCCGCCUCCCCGCAUGCGCUGUUGCUGAGAGUCAGAGUGGUCCCCCAUCCUACACACACACACACACACACACACACAACCACGCACACACACAUGCACAUACAUGCACAUGCAGACUACCUAUCUGACCACAAGUGGGCAGCAAACAGCAGCAGUUUGGAAUAAGUGACUGCUGAUGUAAGAUUCAUGGAGUCUCUCAACAACUAGUAUUAUCUUCCCCGGUUUCUUCUCCUGUUUCGUAGCUGUACACUAUGACAUGUACCACACUAACACUUAGGCCAGGUGAAUCACGACUUCCUACCACCGCUUCUGUCUAAACUUGACCCAGACUACCUCAUUCCUCGGACCGUUAGGCUAGCUGUGCCCUGCAGGUGCCUUUGAGGUAGAGAGCCCUCUGUUAGCAGUUGCACAUUUUACUAGGAGGGUGAUUAUUGAGGGCCAUACAGCUUCCUGCUUUCUUUUAAAGAAUAUUCAUCACACAUACUGUACACUAAGUUUAACAUUGUUGCCCCGUCAUCUAGCUUACAGAAAUGGGAUAACUAAAUCUUACGUCUCUUCUUCUUAGUUUGAAUUCUGGAUCUAGGAACAAUAGUUUUAUAUUCUUAUUAAUAGGUAUUAUUACCUAAGUGACAAGUCGACUUGAGGUAAACAAAAGCACAUAAUGUAAAUAUGGUGUGUUACUGUAAUGACUGGACAAAGUGCAGAUAGUUGUGGCCAUCAGUAGGUGGUUGUGUGGUGGUGGAUCCUAUCAGUUUAUAUUCCUUUGCCUUAAAGUGUUAAAGUGGCUAAACCGGCUCAUUUCACUUUUGUAUACAUUGUAAUGUUUUGCACUACAAUCCAUCUUACCUAGUUAAGGUUACAUGCAGAAGUACACGAUUUGUACUUAGUAAAGAUCAGUGUUGCCUCUGUAGUGGCCAUUCUGAAUUCCUCCACGGCCUGUUGAAGUGGGAUGGAGAUGCAAUGAGAGAUGGUAUUGGUGUUUUUACAGGGGCAUUCUCUAUGUGUGUUACUGGCUUUUUAAAGGGAGUAGAGACAAUAAGUUGCUUGUAGACACACAUAGUUUCUGCCUUUGUUUUGGUUUUGUUACAAAUAUGGCAAAAUGUUUAGUUUUGUCUCUGAAUUCAGAUACAGCUUAAAGGAGAAUGUCUAAGUAUCUCUUUUUGGGGGAAAAGUGCAGAAAGGUUUGUUCAGUAUUUGAAAGACUUUGGAAACUUUGAUCCCCUCAUAUCUACUCAUUUUGACAGGCUGUUAUUGCAGAUUUGAGUCUAGUUUUAUUACAAAUUGAUAGAGAAAUGUCUUCACAUGCUUGAAGAGGAUGUUUGUAUUUUUAUGAGGAGGUCAGAAGGUUUUAUUUAUGAUACGGCAGUUUGUUACAGACCAGUAUGGGUGUAUCCCAUUCCUUGUGCAUUUUUUCAAAAACACUAGGUAAUGCAUGUUAAGCCCUCCUGUGUUCAUGGAUGGUAAUAAACAUUUAAUUCUUCCAUCUUUUUUUGUUAAAUUAAUGCAAUAUUGUAGCACCGUGAGUGUUUCUGUUUUGUUUUUACGUGUAAGGAAGAGCCCACCUGAUCUAAAAUGACCUAAACUGACUUGCUAUUGGUUAAGUAGAUUUUUUGUUGAAUUUUUAUGUUAAGGUCAAGCUUCUGUGGACUUGAAGUGGCACAUGAUGUAUUAUAACAAAUUAGUUGUUUCACACCAAA